AUGCUCUCACGUGUUGCUGCAGUGAAGGCACCCCGCACACACAACCGUUGCCGCGUGACCGGAUCCAGCGGAAUGAGGAGGGAAGGAAGAGAGAGUGAGCCGCAGAGAUCCAACAUGUCCCGGCGUGUGUUUACUUCCGCGGUGCUGCUCCUCCUCGUCGUGAUGAUGUGCUGCAGCACUGGUGGUGCUGCUGAAGCUGCGGAGCAGUCAUCUGAACCCCAGUUUGAAUGGAAGAGCGUCAAGGAUGAGGAUGGUGUAACUGUGGAAUCGUUGGGUGUUCCCGGCCUUUUGAAACUAGGGAGUGGCGUAUUUGCCGUAGCCGAGGCGCAGUGCAAAAAGAACGGUGAAAGCGACAGUUUUACUGGCAUUGCAUCCCAAAUUCUCAUGAUGGGAAAAGGUAACGAACCGGAGGAGGUGCUGAAGGAUGCCAAGGACACACAAGUUCUGGAGGAAGCUACUUCCCCAGAGGAGGAGAAGAGAGUAGACGUGAGCCGACCAACAGCAGUUGCGGAGGGAGGUAAGAUUUACAUGCUUGUUGGAAAACACAGCCAUGAAGAUGUCGCUGAAUGUAAGGCUACGAGCGAGAAGAUCAAAUCGGGACUAUUGCUGGUGAAGGGUGAGGUUGGUGAAGGCGGUAACAAAAUUCGUUGGAGCGAUACUGACGAUCUACCGUGCACUCUGGGCGACCAACACAAAUCCCUGUCACAGCUGAUUGUCGGCGGUGGAUCGGGUGUUAAGAUGAAUGACGGCACGCUUGUGUUCCCCGUGGAAGCUACAAAGAAUGGUGGCGCAGGAAUGGAUGAAAAGACCGUUUCGCUGAUCCUAUACACCUCCGAUAACGCUGCGAGUUGGACGCUGUCGAAGGGGAUGUCUGCCGAUGGCUGCAGGGUUCCCUCCGUCGUGGAGUGGAAGGACAAAAAACUCAUCAUGAUGACUGCGUGUGAUGAUGGCCGCCGCAGGGUGUACGAGUCCGGUGACAAGGGGGAGUCGUGGACUGAGGCACUCGGGACACUCUCGCGCGUGUGGAGCAACAAAAAGGGCGAAGAAGUGAAGGCCGUUAGAAGCGGGUUCAUCACAGCGACGAUUGACGGUGUUGAAGGUAACAGGAAUGUGAUGCUUGUUACUCUGCCGGUGUAUUCCGAGAAGGCUGAUAAAAAAGAAAACGGCGAACUCCAUCUUUGGCUGACGGACAAUACGCACAUUGUUGAUAUUGGGCCCGUAUCAGGUGAUGAUGACGCUGCCGCCAGCUCCCUGUUGUACAAAAGUGAUGGAAGUGGAGAUACUAAUAAAGAGGAGUUGAUUGCACUGUACGAGAAGAAGAAGGACGGGGAAAAACCAUCACCCGGUAUGGUCUCUGUGGUCCUGACUGAGCAGCUGGAGCGUGUGAAGGAUGUGCUGGCGACGUGGAAGAAAGUGGACCAAACUGUCUCCAAGAUGUGCCCUUCUAAAAGUGAUGUGGAGAGUGCCUCACCUGAAAAUGCCUGCAGCUCUACUUUUAAGAUCACGGAUGGGCUGGUUGGAUUUUUGUCGGACAAUAUCUUUGGAAAUACAUGGAGGGACGAGUACCUCGGGGUGAACGCCACAGUGAAGAACAAUGAUGAUGGGGGUAAGAAGGCAACAUUGCAUGAAGGCAGUGUGACGUUCCAGGGAGCGUGGGCGGAGUGGCCCGUUGGCAGUCAGGGGGAGAAUCAGCUGUACCACUUUGCGAACUACAACUUCACUCUUGUGGCGACGGUGUCCAUACACGGUGAGCCGAAGGAGGGCCCUAUUCCUUUGAUGGGUGUGAUGAUGAAUGGCGAUGAAAAAAAAAAAAAACUUAUGGAGUUGUCAUACGACAGCGGAAAGAAGUGGCAGGUGCUGUGUGGUGGCGAAAACCCUAAGGAGCACAGCAACACUUGGGAGACAGAGAAAACACACCACGUGGUAAUUUUGCUACGGAACGGCAGCCAGGGCUCCGCGUAUGUCGAUGGUAAGCAAGUGGGUGGGAAUGAAGCGUGUGAUUUGAAAAAUACGAAAGAUAAAAAGAUCUCCCACUUCUACAUUGGAGGGGAUGGAGGUGCAAAAGCCGACUCAGAGGUCCAAGACGUGUCUGUGACCGUGACGAACGUCCUGCUGUACAACCGCCCGUUGAAUGACGAUGAGAUUAGUGCGCUUAACGCAAAACCUUCUGUUUCAAAAGCAAAAGAUACAAAAACAGUGAAGGAGGGUACUCCUUCACCAGAGGCAAGUAAACCAGCUACGCUGGAAACCGAAACUCCGUCUAGUCUUGGCGGGCAACAGCAGACUGAACAGGAACUGUUGAAGAAAAGUAAAGAUGCGGGGAGUGGCGGUUUAUCCACGUCAGCGGUGUCCAGUGCCACGACCUCCCCAGCAGCCAAAGAGUCCGAAAACCAGUCAGCGUCGGGAACAUCUCCCGAAGGACAUUCAAAUGUGGACGUUGAUUCUUCGUCCGAGGGAGGCCAAACGGUGGAUGCCGAAACUGGAGACACGGUGCAGGGAGAUGGAACACAACAACCGUCAUUGAACACUCCCGCCACAGCAGAUACAAAUGCCCCUACCGCUGAAACCAUGGCGCAAGAUGGAGCCGCAGUGACACCUGAGGUGGGAGCGCACUCUGGUGAGAAUGAGGAGACGGUGGGAGGGACGGAUGGGCAGAAACGGGAGGACAUCCAUGCACAGGACGGCGAAGUAAAGGCUACAGCACUCAGCAGCAGCCUUGGAAAUUUGUCACAGGGGAAUAACAGCGAUGUUGGCACCAUGCGUGGGAGCGGACUGCUGCCGUUGUUUCUUCUGUUGGGACUGUGGGUGUUUUCGGCUCUGUGA